AGCGAGGAGACGACUGCUGACCUUCCCAGCUAAUUCAAGAGCAUUUGAGGAGGAACUGCAGUGCUGAGCUUCUUCCUUGACCUGGACUCACCUCGCCAGUGUCUGGAUAAUUACUUCUACUCAUCUUUCCUUUACUCUGUCUCUACUGUUCCUCCCAGAUCUCUCUCUGCCAUCAGUCUCAGGGUCCUGGGGUAACACUUCUGUAGAGCCGAAGAAGAGGGUGGGCAAAGGUGAUGACAGCAGCAGAUACUGAUGACUCUUGAAGUCCACGGCAUUGCUCAGCUGAUGGACACACUUUUUACUGAAGGCCUUGGGUUAGCCUACUCUCUUUUGUGGUUGGCUCAUCACACCUCUCCUUUGCUCAGACCUAGACCUCUCUCAGUGUCAAUGCCAAACUCCACUGCUGUGACCCAGUUCCUCUUGGAAGGGUUCUCCAGCUUUGGGUGGCAUCACAGGCUUGUGUUCUUUGUUGUCUUUCUAACUCUGUACCUGCUGACUCUCUCUGGCAAUGUUGUCAUCGUGACUAUUAUUCGCCUGGACCGUCACCUCCACACCCCCAUGUACUUCUUCCUGAGCAUGCUAUCCCUCUCUGAGACCUGCUACACUGUGGCCAUCAUUCCCCGUAUGCUUUCUGGCCUCCUGAGCCCCCAACAGCCCAUUGCUGUCCAAGAAUGUGCCAUUCAACUCUUCUUCUAUCUCACCUUCGGCAUCAACAACUGUUUCCUGCUCACGGCCAUGGGCUACGACCGCUACGUGGCCAUCUGCAACCCCCUACGGUACUCGGUCAUCAUGAGUAAAGAGGUCUGUGUCCAGUUAGCAUCCGGAUCACUGGGAAUUGGUCUGGGCAUGGCCAUUGUUCAGGUAACAUCUGUGUUUGGUCUGCCCUUCUGUGACGCCUUUGUCAUUUCUCACUUCUUCUGUGACGUGAGGCCCCUGCUGAAGCUGGCCUGCACGGACACCACUGUCAACGAGAUCAUCAACUUUGUUGUCAGCAUCUGUGUCCUGGUUCUACCCAUGGGCCUGGUCUUCAUCUCCUACGUCCUCAUCAUCUCCGCCAUCCUCAAGAUCGCUUCAGCCGAGGGCCGAAAGAAGGCCUUCGCCACCUGCGCCUCCCACCUCACGGUGGUUAUGGUCCACUAUGGCUGCGCCUCCAUCAUAUACCUCAAGCCCAAGUCCCAGAGUUCCCUGGGGCAGGGCAGACUCAUCUCUGUGACCUACACGGUCAUCACUCCCCUGUUGAACCCUGUUGUGUACAGCCUGAGGAACAAGGAGGUCAAGGAUGCUCUGCACAGAGCUAUGGGGCGGAGGCCCCUUUCCUCGUAGCAAGACAAGAUUGUUAAAAACCUUUCAUUUGAUUUUGGAAAUGUAUGUUGAUUUUAAUGCUGUUUCAAUAAUGCUUUUAAGUAUGAGAUCAAGAAGAACAGACUAAAGUAAGAGGACCAAAACUGUGGGCUUCCGUUUGAGUUUGUCAUGGUUUCCUAUACCCUUCUUCAGAGAGGAUAAAAAGU